AGAAUGUACACAUGCUUGUGAAAGAAGAUAAACCUUUUAGACUUUAAAGUAGUUUGUAUGAUAAGAAAUUCCCUUCCUUUCAGAUUAUUUUUUUUUUAAAAAUAAGUAAAUGAAUAAACGAGGGCACUCCAAGUUCCCGGUUACAUUCACGAUUCCUCAUUUUGCAGUAAUUUGGUUCUGUCAAUGGUGACUUUUAGCUGAGAUGAAUCUAAUGAAUGUCUACAGUGUCAAGUCAAAUCAAUGACUGUUUAUUGUACAACUGACGAGGACCACAACAUUUAGCUGAUGUAGAAAAAUUUAAGAGCGGAUUACGUUGAAAUUCGUUCCUCAAGCCAAAGCCGUAUAAACAUCGUAUAAAAUGAUCUUCUAAUGUUUCAAGACACAUAACCGGAUCAGUGAAGGUUGUUCAUUGUGACGGUCAAAAAAGGAAAUCAAAUGAAAUAUAAUUUUUUUCUGUUAAAACCUAUAAUAUUGUAAGCAAAUAGUAUUUUAAUUUCUGUCAACAUAAAAGCAUGUGUAACUAAAUAUGCCAGUAAUAUCGUAUUUGAAAUUUAGUUAUUUAUGUGCAAAUCAAACAAAAAGAUAGUUGAUGGGUCAAUUUCAGAAUGUAUAUUCAAGGACAAAGUGACAACGAGUCACAGUUUGCUUUGCUUAUUUACAAUAACGCCAUUGUCACUAUGAAAGCUGAUUAUUUUGAUAUCAAAAAAGUUUCGACACACGCUCUUAGAAUCAUGGCGAGACGGCAACACCCAAAUCUCUGAUGUUUUAUCAUCAUCUCCGACAUAGUCUGUUACUAAUUAUAGAUCAGAAGAAUAAUACGCAGUGUUAUAUUUACUCCCUUUUGAAGUUAUGAUGACGUUUUCUGUUCAUGAUACUUUUGCACAUUUUUCAAUGGUGCAAGUAUUGAGUUUACAUCAAUCUAACUGGUUUGCGAAGUUCUUACUCGAUCGCAAUACAUCACAUGAGACAUUAUGUACUCACAUUUCAGUCGAAAAUUAGAAUUUAUACCGUUGUCACGUCAAAAGCUUUUAUUACGUGCACAUUAGGAUUCUACAUUUAUCAAAGCUUCCCUGAUUUGUUUUGCAGUCUUCUUCAUUGAAUCACGUGUGCAUGUGUCUCUUAAUACGUGGGAUUAAAAUAAUAAGCUCCCGAUGCAGAAAAAUGAAAAUAAUAAUCUCUAGUCUCAAUUUCUUACCACGCAUCAUCAAUGAAAAACAAACACAUUAUGCAAUAAGGCUAUGAAUUUUCCAUACAAAUUCUACCAAGCAAACGUUAUAUUGACAUAUUAUGAAAUAUCAGCCUGAUUGAAUUCAAGAUAAUGAGACGCUUGCAGUCUGGUGUUUAUCAAAGAAUAAAAAAAACAUCAUCUGCAUUGGUGACUACCAAACCAAUCUGGGAAGAGUUUCUGAAUGACCGUUGUAGGACGACAGUGACGUCAUCGUCAUAAACUCCCGACAGGCGCGUGUACCUCUACCACGUGCAUUUAUCCGUGCCUAUUUCAGACCAGCAUUGAACAACUCGUAUUAUAAGAAACAUUUAGUCCAUGUUAAAGUGUCACCUUUUAAUAUUGUCGUGGACAGAGGCGAGCGGGUUGAAUAGUGUACAUACAAGUAAUUUUUGUAUUACAGAGGAUCACAUCUUCCCUUGUAAAAAGUAGAUAUCAUAUAUGUAUUUAAAGGUGGUAACUUUGGAAACAAUUAUCAAUUGGUGUACAAAUUAAUGGAAAAGAGAGAGAAAAAAUCAAUUCCCGGUUCAGAAUUAAAUAGAUGUUCUCACACAAGAGUAUCAAAAAUAUUGAUAUAUCUAAUUUGGCCUGAAGAAAAGAGGAUUUUAAUUUCAAUCACAUUUCUUUUUCUUAUGCUAUAGAUUUUGUAAUCUGCAUUUCAAUUGUUAAUAUUCAUUUAUCUGAUUUUGCCAAAGAAUGUUUCAUCACCCAUUAUAAUGCAUGAUAUGCAUUAUAUGUAAAUAUUUUGUUGAAUAUUAUUUCUCUUUCGGUAUAGUAUUGGCAGAAUUCUUGUAGUUGAUGAAUUCUAUGAAAGUUUCAGUUUUGUAUGUAUAGAAAACAAUUAACAAAAUAUCAAUUAUCAUACGUGUCAGAUAGACUGACACUGUUCGUUUUUUAUAAUAUCGCAUGGCGUUAUGUUAUAAGGGUACCCGCACAUAUCACGUGUAGAGACCGAAUGAAUGAUUGUGAAUGUCGUUUACCAGUUGGGGAAGUUGUCCGAUGAGUUGUCCAUGGGUUGAAGAUGUUGUCCGAUGAACUGUCCUUUGAUCAAUGUUAUCCGUAAAUGGUACAUGUAGAUGUUGUCCCAUGCGUUAUGCGUGGGUUGUGGAUUUUGUCCGUUGAAAAUUCCUUCAAGAUGUUGUCCGAUUAGUUGUCCUUCGAUUAAUAAGCAUUUUCUGUUGUUUGAUAUGGUUGUCCGUGAUUGUGGAUAUUAUCCGAUGAGGUCUAAUUUGAUCAGAGGUGUUGUCUGUUGAUUGAUGUUGUUGUCUGUUGAGUUGUCCGUGAUUGUGAUUGUUGUCCGAUGUUUUAUUUCAUACUGAUUGGUAUAGUGUUGUCCAAUGACUAGUCUUUUGAUUGUGGGCGUUGUCCCGAGACGAAAUAAGUUGACCGGAGCGAGACCGAAUGGUCGAGAUAAAACUGUCAAUACAGAGUCUGUCUUGGGUUUGUCUCUUGUCCAGAUUGUCUGUCUGCCAUGAUGACAGGCAGCUAUCUAUAGCAUGACCGUACCAUAUCCGACAGUCUUAUUUGUUUACAGGUCUGUUCCUGUGAGAGUUAGCUAAUAAUAAUUAUAAGCAUUUUCCAUUAGUUGAUUAGUAGUUACAAAUAUGUAAGAACGUGGCCAGAGGGGAGGGGCACCUUUGAUGACUUAGAACAGUCGGGGUUAGGGUUGUAGAAUCAACGGACAAGAAUCGCUUACCUACACACACAAAUUGCAGUUUAGCACGAGACUGUCCCUUUUCAUGUAGAUUAGAAUACAACAUAUCAAAUAAAAGCAGGCAGAGCAUACGAUGUUUUCCAAUAUAGCGACGGCUGUAGCCGGGAGUCAAAGCAACGUCCAAUAGACGAAAAGAAAUUAUUACCCGAAACAGAAGCAUAUUAACAUCUCGGAUAAUGUCUUUCAGGAUCCCAGCGGAAAAAUAACUCAGGAGUCACAACCUUUUAUCGACAAGCCCUAAACUACUUGGUCAACGGGGGACCGAUCAUGUUUAACUUGUAUGAAAACUUCAAUAAGGAUCUGACACAUCAUGAGCCCAAGAACUGAGCACAACACUCAGCAAUAGAACUUCUACCAUGGUAGUCAGCGAAAUCAACUUUGCGCUCAACCUGUCGUAUGGUGACGCAACGUUUCUCCAAGAUAGCGCCGGAAAUAACACAGCGUUACAGAAUGCGUUCUAUAUGCAAUAUGUUGUCAACGGAAUCGUGCUUCCGAUUUUGGCAGUCUUUGGUGUAUUUGGAAACGUUCUAACUAUGAUAGUACUAUGGCGACGAGAAAUGCAUUCGACAACGAUCUUGUUCUUGCGUGCGCUUGUGUUGACGGACACGGGUAUUAUUGUGGUGGUGGCGAUCACAGUGGCGCCGUUUACUUUGUCCUUUUUCCAUCCAGAGUUAUCCUACUUUAAAGAUGUGAUAUACCCGAAUUUAUAUACCCCAGUGACGUAUAUUGUGAUGGUUAUUCAACAAUGCAAUGUGUGGAUUACGGUGUCUGUCAGUGUGGAGCGCUACAUUUCAAUCUGUCAUCCAUUCAAAGCAGCCAAAAUAUGCACAAAGGGGAGGACAUGGUUCAUUCUCUUUCUUAUCUUCGGAAUAUCAAUAUUUUACAACAUUCCAAGGUGUUUUGCAAGUAGAUCGAAAUCACACUGUUCUCUAAACGACACUCGGGAAUGCUAUAUGCUUGUGGACACAGAUUUUGGUAAAACGACAUUUUAUACCAAAGUCUACAUGGUAUGGAUGUACGCGGUCCUGAUCUAUAUUAUCCCCCUGACUCUUUUAGCUGUGCUUAAUUGUUUAAUCAUCAUGGAACUCAUGCGCAUGCGUGCACGAAGAAUAGGCACAAAUAUUCAAGAUGACAAUGAAGCUAAUCUUAGUCUCAUUUUGGUGUUAAUUGUGAUAGUUUUCAUUUGUUGCCAAACUCCAGGACUAUUCUCACAAUUUGAUUUCCUAUUCGAUCCCAUUGUGUUUCUUGAGUGGAUAGCCUUUGGAAAUACUUUAUUUGUGACGAAUUCAUCGGUAAACUUUCUGAUCUACACCGCCGUGGGGAGGCGAUUCCGCAAAGUUUUACUCAAAGUUUUCAAGAAGAUAUUUGGAAAGUCGGUGUUUUCUCGCUCCAGAAACUCGGGAUCGAGCUCCGACCAUGAGCUGGAAACUCUGCGUUCUCAACUUUACAGAAACUCUGAUAUGACGCAAAUAAAUGAUAUAAGUAAACUGGAGAAAAUGAAAUUGACAUGUUGAAAGAAUGUGAUAUUUCACUUGUAUGUGUGUCCUCCUGAUUUUUAUACUCAUCUGUAAUUUAUAUUCAUCAAUGAAUUGCAUUGUUAUAUUUUAAUCACACAUUGGUUAUUAAUGUCAUCAUGUGCUGAUGUUAGAAAAUACAAACGAAACAAUCUCAAGAACACGAGUUUACAUCGUUACAAUUUUGCUGUAGAAAAAAAUGUUAAAGGAAAGAAUAUUCCUUUCUGAUGCAUAAUAUACAGGGGAACUACUCCUCAUUAGAAUUACAGAUUCACUGCAUCCUUGUCACAUUGGUGUUUGAAAUGGCGUUCCUUCAUUUGCUAAUGAUAUCCUGUCGUGGUUUGGAGUUGACUGCCAAACUGACAUUUAUUAGGUAUGUUUAUUAAUAUGUCCACCUACAUUUACACUGUCGUGCUUAAUGUCAGGGCCCAGAUCAUGCAACUCAAUACAAAACACAACAGUUUCAUGAAAAAUUAAUAGGAAUGUGAAAGGUUUAUUCAAUUUCUUCUGUACAUUUUCAGUAUUUCCGCAUUUUCAGUUUUUAUGUAGAAUUAACAUAUACUUCUACAAUUAUGGUUCUUCCUUCCAAAAAGAGUCGCUGAUUUCAGGACAUGGAUUCUUCUGACUGAUUUUCCAGCAUAACGCGGGCAGUGGACCGCCCUUCAAGGUCAACUGUUCGAUCCCGUCAACGUUUUAAACCUUGUCUGGUAGUGUCAAUUCUAUCAUCCCGUAUGAAAAGUGAACAUGUAAAACAGUGAAAGGCGUGCCAAAAACUAGAAAAUUAAAACUGAUUUUAUCAAUUGUUCUAAAUUCCAAAGGCAAUUCUAGAACAUUGACAGGCGUUUUAUGUGACUUGACGUGGCGUCCUAGUAGUGCAUCACUGGUUCUAUAACAUGUGUAUCUUUUAAAUGCUGUUUGUUGGUAUUUAAAAGUCAACUUGUAAUCUUAUGAAAUAUGGCUAAAAUUGUUUUAGAAAAUAUUCCAUGGAAAUUGUGAAGACUCGUUUCCUGGGUGAAAAAAAAAAUGUUUACCCGAAGUUAUAAAUUUUCGAAUGGCAAGCAAGGAUUAUGUUAAGAAGUCAAGAAAUUGUGUCAUCUUUGUAACAUAAUAAAAUUAAAUAUGUUUUCCUGAAA